AUGGCCAGCCAUGUCCCACCGUUCCCCCAAGGCUUCAAUGUCCCUUCAAGUGACUUCUCCCUGAGUUUCGUUCUGGGCGGGCGAGGUUCCGAAUCCAAGCCAGUGCGGUGGGAGGGCAGGCAGCAGACUCGCUCGGAAAACCUCGCUGGAACCACGGAGCGAAUGCCAUCUGCCGCUCUUGCUCCGCAUACUCAUAAAAUUCGGCCCGGGCCUAACCAACUAUUACUCCGGAAGCCCCUCAACAGGGUUUCCUUCCUCCGAGAGGACCACGGCUUCAUCUCCGCAGCGUUUUCCUCUCCGGAUGCCCAAUUCAUCGUCCUCCAUGAUUUCUCCCCUCUCGUCCAAGACUCGGCUACAAUCAAGCCCGUCGGCCGAGAGGAUAUCCUCUCUAUUACCGGCGAGAAUCCGUUUGGCUCGUCCGAGAAGGAGCUCAUGGCCGCCUUUGAUUCGACCGUGACUAAACCGUUGAUUAUUUUCCUUGGCAUCUGGGAGGACCCUGCCGCCGGAUUCCAGCACCGCACGUUCUGUGGUAAGCCGUGGUUUGCUGUCGAUGCCACGCCGCGCGGCUCCUUUGCGGAUGCUGCGACGGCUUUGAUCGACUCGCUUGCCAAGGAUGGGUGUACUUUUCUCAAGUCGACAAGGCAAAACACCUUGAGGGCAGAUUUCGCUGCCAUGUAUGGCCAGGCCAGGGGCAUUGUCGACUGGAAUCUACGCAACCAGUUCUGCGCUGGAUGCGGACACCCCACCACGCCAGUCUAUGGAGGGUACAAGCGCGUCUGCCCUCCCACCGAUCUCAAUGGUACCGCGACGCCCGUCGUCCGAAAGGAAUGCCCCACGCGCAACGGCAUCACCAACAUCAGCUUCCCCAGGUCGGAUCCGACCAUGAUUGCCGCUGUGGUGUCCGCCGACGGCAAGCGCAUGCUCCUCGGCCGCCAAAAGCGAUGGCCUGCCGGUUUCUAUAGCACUCUGGCCGGCUUCCUCGAGCCGGGCGAGUCAGUAGAGGAGGGUGUCCGCCGCGAGGUGUGGGAGGAGAGCGGCGUCAAGGUCGGGCGUGUGGUUUUGCACUCAAGCCAGCCUUGGCCUUACCCGGCAAGCUUGAUGCUCGGCGCUGUUGCCUCGGCGCUGCCUGACGGCGAGGAUAUCCACCUUGGCCAUGAUCCUGAGCUGGAGGAUGCCAAGUGGGUUCCCCUCGAGGAGGUCCGCGAAGCUCUCAAGAAGACCGUAACCCUCGAUACCGUCCCGGUCACCAAUGGUGACAAGCCGCCUACCCUCCUUCUUCCGCCCCAUACCGCGAUUGCUAACAGGCUGAUAACUGCCAUCUGUGAGGGUUCCGAGCUCAGCUCCGGCAGCCCCUCGAAUCCCACAACGGCAGCAUUCGAUCCCACAGAAGGCCAAGGCGUCGAGGCUUUCCUCAAGCCAUCUGCUUUCGCCGACCCUUCUUCACUACAUCCCCUUGCUGGCAUUGAUAAGGAUACCCUCGAAUACCUCUCGCUCGAUGACAUCGCCCUCGCCGACGGCCACACUGUUGUCCCUUCCCGAGGCUUUUUUGACGACCUCUGCUAUGGUACCGGUAUCACAUACGUAACAGCCCUCGGAAUAGGAGCCCCUAAGCUGCGACUCAACUCCGUUCUCAACGCCGUCACGCGACGAGGUCCCUUCCUCGGUAACUCGUGUGGUGUAAUAGCCAUCGGCUACAACUGCAUCAACUCGUACAUUGGAUACCUCCGCGGCAAGGACGACGCGGCAAACACUGUUCUUGCUGGUAUUCUGAGCGGUAUGGCGUUCCGUAGCACCAAGGGUAUCCGCCCCAUGAUGAUUUCCGGCGCUGUUGUUGGCUCGGCCGCCGCCUGUUGGGCAGUUGUGCGACGAAGCUUCACCCCUGAAGACGUGAAGAAGCUCGAGAAGACGCUGUGA